AUGAAGAGCACCAAUUCUUUCGUCACCACCCCUGAAAAUAAAGAAGGCGUCUUCUCACCCGGUGGACCAACGCCAACCUUCAACCCGCCCCCAUCCGCCGACUCAGCCGGAGGCCAAGAGACAGGCGGAAGUACCACCGAGUACCAUCUCAAUCACCUCGCCAUUCGCAUCACGGAUCCUGCCCGUUCACUCCAUUUCUACGUCGAUCUUCUGGGCAUGCGAGUCAUUUUCACUUUCAACGCAGGGCCUUUCACCAUAUACUACCUGGGCCAUCCGCCACCGGGUAUUCAGCCGGCUGAUCUGGCCAGCUGGGCCCAAGAGACGAGUCAGAUUCCCGUAUUAACCCGCACAAAGGGCUUGUUGGAAUUGUACCAUGUGCAUGGCACCGAGCAGGUUUCUAAUGGGAAUGUACCGCCGCAUUUGGGCUUUGCCCAUCUGGGAUUCAGUGUGCCUGAUGUUCGGGACGCGGUGAGUCGGUUGAAAGAGGCCGGAGUGACGAUUGUGAAGGACGUGGGUGAGUUUGAGAGGGAACAUGUGCCGCUGUCAACGUGGGAGGAGGAUCGUGGAGUGGGCCAGGGUGGAAUUCAUGAGAAUUAUGCGGCUUUCUUGCACAAGUUUGCAAUCGUGGCAGAUCCGGUAAGUGAAGCGUCCAUGAGGGUGUCCCCUUCUCUCUUCCCACCAUUUCCAAGUGAGGAUGGGGUGGGAUCUGUGCUGCUGCAAGUUCGAGGGAAAUCCCUGACACAACGGCAGGAUGGGUACUGGCUGGAACUGAUUCCACAGACGAUGGAAUGA